CUGUGAAGGUCGAAGGGCGCGUUUUCUUCGAACAGAGAACCGUAUAGUACCGGCAUGUAUUAGUGCGUCGAAGCUCUUAUAUAUAUUUCCUAUCCUAUCAUAGAUUCUACACAGAAUAAUAGUAAAGACCUACUUCGAAACAAGUACUAUAGUAAUUAAGAAGGAUCAACACGCAUCAGACUCCCAAAUUCAAUAUGGUCUCCCCGAGCAGAAUUGGGUCCAUUACGUAUGGUGGAGUUAGGAAAAGAACUAUUAAUAGUGUUAGAGAUCCUGUCACCGGUAGAUUUCGGCCUCAAACCAAGCCCAAACACAACGCUCAGCCCAACAAUCCGCCUCCAAAUCCACCAACAGCAGUCCGUAUCCAGACGCAGGAAUUAACUUCAUAUCCAAAGAGCAGUAUGAUGUGCUAGUUGAUAAGCUGGUAUGUUCCAAAAUGAUUGAAUAUGGAUGGAAUUUCUAAUGAGUAUCUUAGCACCGCACUAAAGAAAAGUACUCGGAGUUAAAAGGAGAAAAGUCGAAAUUUAAGCGAAGAGAAAACGAGAUUUUACAACACAAACGCGAAGUUGCGAGACUCACCGAGUAUGGCGAAGAGGUUGAUCGACAAAUGCAGGAACUUGAAGAUAGAUUGGAAGAUCUUGAAGAAUUCGAGGAGCAAAAUCAAGAACUUGAAAAGAGAGUAGAGUAUCUUGAAGAGAUAAAAGCAGAGAAAGAGAAACUAGAGAGCAGAGCUGAGCAGCUGGAGGACAUGGUUUGGGACAUGGAAUCGAAGGGAACAGCGACUUACAAUGGUCGGACUCAAUCAGAGAUGAAUUACAGACCGCUUUUCAGGACCGACGUUUGAAUUGUUACACCAAAGUGAAGGUAUUGACUGUUCGAUGGGCUUCGGAUGACUUAGGUGUUUCCCAAGAGAUGAACGAUUUGGCUAUCGUUCUCAAGUACUCAUACAACUUUGAGGUCGCGUAAUACAAAAUACCCGAUAUCAAUCCCAUAAAGGCAUUACUAAGCCGCGUUUUGGAUUUUAUAGGAGACAAUUCUCCAGACACACUUCUCAUUUUCUCGUACCAUGGUGACAGUGGAUUUCAUGAUACGAGGCAUGAUCAUAUUUGGUCUGCGUAAGUGUACUCCAUACCAUCAUUGCUCUUCCAAGCUAACGAUAGAAUAGAACCACAGAGAAGGAACUUCCUUGUAUGCCUUCCAGUGGUAUUCAGACUCUACUUGGGGAAUCUGAAUCAGACGCUAUUCUAUUUUACGAUACGUGCCAUUCUGCAGAUACUGCCAUGACAUUUAGCCCUUCAGCAGGAAGUGUGACAGAGCUAAUCGCCGCAUGUGGAUUUCAAACAACUGCCCCGGGAGCCGGCAACAACACUUUUACACCCGCACUUAUACGGGAAUUAUCCUCAGCUGCAGCACAAGAAGCUUUAUCUGUUUCUGGGUUGUACAACCGAGUACUUGCUCGUUUGAGAAAUACCAGAAAACGCGAUAGGAAUACAACACCUAUUCAUUGCACUUCUAGCCACCACGUCAUACCAGGCUUCCGGAAACUCGGAUGAUGGGAAUAUAGCGCACCAUAUUGGACUUGUGCAGAAAAGAUCCGAUAGGCUUCACGCUAAAGGAUUGCUGAAAUGGUUGUUGAAGGCCCCAUCUAGUAUCCUCGAUAUCGAACUAAGCCACAUUCAACAACGGCCCUCAUCAGAUGACGGUUAUGUAUCUCAAUAAAAGUCUUUGGUACCAAAUCCAGCGAUGGAGCUGAGGCCAUAAAAAGGGGAGGUAGUUCGUGAAU